CACUGAUAGGUGGCACUGACAGGCGGCAAUGACUGGCACUGUUAGACUGACUGGCAUUGAUAGGUGGCACGGACUGGCUCAGAUGGGCACUGAUAUGUGGCAUUGAUGUGCACUGGUAGGCACUGAAAUGUGGCAUUGAUGUGGCACUGAUGGGCACUGGCAGGUGGCAUGGAUGAGCACUGACAGCUGGCACUGAUGGACACUGACAGGUGGCACUGCUGGGGCUACACAGAUCAGGGCACACUGAUCAGUGCCCUGAUGAUCAGUGUACGUGUCAGGAAUGGACUGGCCAGCAAUAGUGGGACUCACCUGCCUUGUGAGCUGCAGUACCAGGGCUGGCCAGCGGACUCUGCCUUGGUGUGGUUUUCCUGGGCCCUG